GCCCAACACCGGCCCUGGUGGAAGGCCCAGCUGUCCAUGUGGGAGCCAGUGCUGUUUGGGACCUGGGACGGUGUGUUCACGUCAUGCAUGAUCAACAUCUUCGGGGUCGUGCUUUUCCUGAGGACUGGCUGGCUGGUGGGCAACACGGGUGUGCUGCUGGGCAUGUUCCUGGUGUCCUGUGUCAUCCUUGUGGCCCUUGUCACCGUGCUGUCCGGUAUCGGCGUGAGCGCCCAUGGCGGCGUGGGCAGUGGCGGCGUCUACUCCAUGAUCUCCUCGGUCCUUGGUGGGCAGGCGGGAGGCACCAUUGGGCUGCUGUACGUCUUCGGACAGUGUGUUGCAGGUGCCAUGUAUAUCACUGGCUUUGCUGAAUCCAUCUCGGAUUUGCUGGGCCUCAGGAACAUCUGGGCCGUGAGAGGCAUUUCGGUGGCUGUGCUCCUGGCCUUGCUGGGGAUUAACCUGGCAGGGGUCAAGUGGAUCAUCCGCCUCCAGCUGCUGCUGCUGCUCCUGCUGGCCGUGUCCACGCUGGACUUUGUGGUGGGCUCUUUCAGCCACUUGGACCCAGAGCAUGGUUUUAUUGGCUAUUCCCCGGAGCUGCUACGGAACAACACUCUGCCGGAUUACACCCCGGGGGAGUCCUUCUUCACCGUCUUCGGGGUGUUCUUCCCAGCUGCCACAGGAGUCAUGGCCGGCUUCAACAUGGGGGGCGACCUCAGGGAUCCUGCUGGCAGCAUCCCGCUCGGCUCACUGGCGGCUGUGGGCAUCUCGUGGUUUCUGUAUGUUGUCUUCGUCCUGCUGCUUGGCGCAGUCUGUACCCGCGAGGCUCUUCGCUAUGACUUCCUGAUAGCUGAAAAGGUGUCCCUAGUGGGCUUCCUGUUCCUGCUGGGCUUGUACAUCUCAUCUCUGGCCUCCUGCAUGGGGGGGCUCUACGGAGCUCCCCGGAUCCUGCAGUGCAUUGCCCAGGAGAAGGUGAUUCCGGCGCUUGCCUGCCUGGGCCAAGGGAAAGGACCAAAUAAAACACCUGUGACUGCCAUCUGCCUGACCAGCUUGGUGACCAUGGCCUUUGUCCUGGUGGGUCAGGUGAACAUUCUGGCCCCUAUCGUGACCAUCAACUUCAUGCUGACAUACGUGGCAGUGGACUACUCGUUCUUCUCUCUGUCCAUGGGCUCCAGCAGCCCCUCGCGGGCGCCCGAGCCAGUGCUCAGGGAGGGCAUGGAAGCUGUCCACUGCUCGGAACACCUGCUCCUGGAGAAGGCUCCCAGCUAUGGCUCCGAAGGCCCCACCCGAAGCCUCUCAAAGGGCACACUUCUGGAAUUUACCAAAGACAUGGACCAGCUCCUCCGGCUGACCAGCGAGCUUGAGAGUAGCCAGCCCAGGCAAGAAGACGAGAGCAGAACUGCUGGGGGUCAGAAGAGGAAAGGCAAGAAGGCUACAAAACACACCCUACACGACAGCUUCCUCCUGGACUCCAGGGCCUCCACUUCCCUCCCUCCUGAUGGCUCUGACAAGUCGCCCACUGCCUCCUGGGAAGGACAAGGGUCCACCUGGAAUAAGCAGACUUCCAGGAGUGAAGGGACUUGGCCUGGGGGAACGUGUGAGGAACUUGUUCCGGAGCUGUGUAACCAGCGUCGGCCAAGUAGAGAAGAUUUUUUCCUGAAGCCCAGGCUCCAGGAACAAGACGUCCAGAGGAAACCAAGUUCUAUUUACACUCACAUAUGCAAUCCCUGGGUCUCACUGUUGGGGGCUAUUGGGUCUCUUCUCAUCAUGUUUGUGAUCCAGUGGGUCUACACCCUGGUUAACAUGGGUGUUGCAGCCAUUGUGUAUGUCUACAUCGGCCAGGCCAGUCCAGGACUUCCUCUUGGAUCAGCCUCCAACUUCAGCUUUUUCCGAUGGAUGAGGUCUCUUCUGACCCCCACCUGCAGGAGCUUGCGGUCCCCCCAGGAACAGAUCAUUUUGGCGCCGUCCCCUGCCAGGGUUGACAUGGCAAUGACCCAGCUCACUCAGGAGAACGCUGACUUCGCUUCCCGGGAUCGCUACCACCACGCCUCCUCCGUGAGUCGGGAACAGCUGAUGCCUCGAUACUAGAAGCCGCACU